AUGACCUUUUCGACUACAAGCAAUGAAGCUUGCAAGCUGUUUGAUGCCACGUUGCAUCAGUAUGUUACUUGGACAAAUGAUGCAACCUUCGGAGGAAUUGAAGGAUGUCUGUCCAAUAUCAAAUCUGCAGAUCCUGAUUUCGUGAUGGGAUAUGUGCUUUCCAAUGGUUUGGAACUAAUUGGCACAGGACGUCCACCACUAUUAGAUAAAGAACUGCAAAAUGAUCUGAAGACCAUGUCAGAUCUGGCCAAGACACAAUCCUUGACAGAACGCGAACAGUCACAUGUAGCCGCAGUUGAAAACUUUGCUAAAGGAAACAUUGUGAAGGCUGCUGCAUUUUGGGAAGAGAUCCUGCAGAGUCAUCCUUUGGAUCUGCUGGCACUGAAAUUUGCCCAUGAUGCAUACUUCUACCUUGGGCAACAAAUGCAAAUUAGAGAUUCUGUGGCCCGUGUUCUUCCGCACUGGACUCCAAAAACCCCUCUAAGUAGUUAUGUCAAAGGCAUGUACUCUUUUGGACUACUUGAAACAAACUUUUAUGACCAAGCUUUUAAAGUAGCCAGUGAGGCUCUGGCCAUAGAGCCGAAGGAUGGCUGGUCUGUCCACACCAUCGCUCAUGUCCAUGAAAUGAAGGCAGAUCUAGAAAAAGGCCUUGCUUUCUUACAGAAAACUGAGAAGAACUGGAAGGUAAGAUGGUGAUAUGCUUGCCUGCAUAAUUACUGGCACUGGGCUUUGUAUUUCAUCGAGAAGGGUGAAUAUGAGGCUGCCUUGACUGUGUUUGACAAUCAUAUCGCCCCCUCCUGUAUCUCAAGUGGAAGCAUGCUGGAUAUUGUUGAUAAUUCAUCACUGCUGUGUCGACUUCAGAUGGAAGGUGUGGAUGUGGGGGACAGAUGGAACAAACUUGUCCAAGUUACAAAGAAGCAUACCAAUGAUCACUUGCUGAUCUUUAAUGAUCUUCACUUUCUGAUGUCAUCCUUGGGAGCAAAGGAUGCUGAGAUGACAACCCAAUUGCUGGAAACAAUGAAAGAGCUUUCUAAAUCACAAGGUGAAAACUGCCAACAUUCUCUUAUUGGUCAUCUCGGCCUGCCCUGUGUCAGGCACUUGUGGAAUUUGACACAGGCAAUUACGACAAGGUCAUAGAGCUAAUGUACCCGGUUCGCUACAAGAUUGUAGAAAUAGGGGGCAGCAACGCUCAGAGAGACCUCUUUAGUCAAGUUCUCAUACGUGCAGCAAUGAACAGCGGAUCCAGGUCACAUCAGAAUUUAGCACGGUGCCUUUUACUUGAAAGAGAUGCCCUGAGACCGAAUUCUCCUUUGACAGAGCGACUUAUAAGGAAGACAGCUGCAGUCCACAACAUGGCAUAG